CAGAUGUUAACACCUGUAGGGAGAGAAACUUGCGAGUUUUUACAGAGCAACGUAAAAAAAAGGCUCUUCUCAUAUGAGAAUAGAUCAGCACCACGCCUUGGAACUCUUCUUGACCCACGCUUCAAAAAGGAGGGUUUCCAAAAUCCGUCAAAUGCCCAGCAGGCCAUGUUGAUGUUGGAGGGAGAGGUUCAUAAUAUAAUACAGGACGUGAGAUCUAAAAAUUCCACAGAGGAACUGCCAAGGAAUGAGGAGACUCCAUUUUUAUUUAAAUGCAUGGCAGGAAAAAUAAAAGAAAAAAACAAAAGUUCACGGGCGGACUCAAUUAUUACCAUUCGCCAAUAUAUGGAGCAGCGCAAUGCUCUUCAUGACAGCGAUCCGCUCCAAUAUUGGCAAAUUAACAAGGAACAUUUAUUUGCACUUGGACAAUGCGCAAUAAAAUUCUUGUGUAUACCAGCAAGUUCAGCUGAAUCAGAGCGCACAUUUAGUAAAACAGGAGCUAUUGUGACGGAACGGAGAGCAUGUUUAAAACCUAAACAAGUGAACACAUUGGUUUUUAUUAACAAAAAUCAAUGGCUACAUUAAAAUAACUGUGAUAUUGGAACGAAUUGUUUUUUUUUUUUUUAAAUAAGAACCUCUCAUUAGCAUUAAGUUUGGAAAUCACCUUUUGUUUUGUAGUAUUUAAGAGUAGCAGCUAUCCGCUGCAUAGUACAAUAAGGACCUCUCAUUAGCAUUAAGUUUGGAAAUCGCCUUUUGUUUUGUUUUUGCUUAGAGAGAUUUUUGUUUUCGUUUUUUGGACUUAGGACGAGAA